AUGGCUGAAACAGUACUCGAGUUCCAAGGUGUCUUUGGUCAUGUUGAUGUGGAUACCAAAGCUUCUACAAACACCGCAUGGGGAGGGGAAGUGCCGUUGUAUUUUGAUAGACCAGAAUUCUUUUCACACCAGCGAGUCAAAACCAAAACCGGGGCGCAGUGUGGUCUGAAAGUGAAUGGCAUCACUCACGGCCAGUUCUCCCCCGACGGGCCUCCUGCGACCCUAUUAGUUCUAAACUCCAACUUCAAGGGCAUAAAUGAACCAAAUCGCAUUGAAAAUACUAAGAUUACUUUCCGCUUUUCCGAUCUGACGGAUUCUCUUGAGCAAUGUCCAGAAGUUUACGGUUUCCCACCGGAGGGCGAGCACAUCGUCGACAUUUCCAACACCGCCCGCACCGUGGUCCAAAAAAAGGUCAGCUUGUUCUGUUUCGAAUUCUUCAGGGUCAUCACUCGAAAUGAACACUUUACAGGAACUUUGAGUAGCAUCGAACCUUGUACAAAUUCGGUAACUGAUACAGUGUGCGGGGACGGGGUCAUCUUUCUUCAAGAGAACAAGGGAACUAAGCAAGGGGUUGCAAACGAGUUCUCCACGGCGAUCCUAUUUGAGGCGAAAAUCUCUGGCUUCCCCCUUCCGACUCCAGGUGACCAUUCAACCGGUUGGUAG